AUGUCUCGACAUCGAGCGAUUAGAAGCUUAACUGCCGAAGCUGUCCUUGCGGAAUCCGAGUAUUAUGACGAAGACGAUUAUGAUUAUGAAGAUAAUGAUGAAUUGUCCCAAGAAGAUAAAGCCAAAAUGGAUGAUGGAAAGAAAAUAGUUAGAGAAGUUAUAGGACAAGUAGAUGAAAUAUCUGAUAAAGAUAUUGAAGAUGCUUUGUGGCAUUACUAUUAUGAUACAAAGGAGGCAAUAACAUACUUAUUGGAUGAACUUCAUAAAUCUAAGAAAAAGAAAAAAACUAAUUCAGAUUCAAAUAAAUCUAAACUCACAAAUAAAGAUCUAAUAUCUAAUAUGGAUCAUCUUAUUAAUGGAAAUCGAUAUCUGAGCCCUCUGAACUUUGAUGCAAAUCAGCAAAACCUUGAAUACCAUUAUUCACUUGGAAUGAGGACAAGAACUGUUUUAACAAAUUGUGUUUCCUUUGAUGACAUUUGGACCGGGCACAAUGUUAAAUGGUGUAGUCUCGCUCAAAGUAAUUUAAAAAUUACAGAAAAUUCGAUUUGUGAAGUACGGAAAAUUUCACAUCAUGGCGGGUUAUUAGGUGGAAUGGAUUCUGAAACAACGCAAUCGAGACUCUCUGGUUUACGUAGUCAGUUGGGUUCCACUAGGACGAAUUCUCAGUCUUUAUCAAAAAUGGCUUCAGAUAGAGCAACUAUUGAACAAAACCGUUCCUCUGUUGGAAAUAAUGAUACAUCCAACAUAAGACAAUUAUCUCUUUCAAACAUCGGGAUAGGUUCUUCAGGACCAUCAUUGUCAUCCCUGGCUCAUUUGAGUGUAAAACAAUCUACGAGACCAUCAUUAUCCAGUUUGACAACGAAUACCAUAUCAAAAUUAGGUUCAGAGAGUGUUACAAGACCUCAAACAUCAUCUAGCUUGAUAAAUAGUCAAACUCCGUCCUUGUCAUCUUUAGUUAAAAACUCGACUUCACAUUCUACUGGACGUGUUUCUUUAUCUGAUCUUGCAUUAAAUCGAACUACAAAUUCAAAGCAACAGACUUCAUCGGUUUCAACUUUUUUAUCAAAUAAAUUAAAUAAUAAAAUUCCUUUGCCAACCCCUAUGGUUUUCAAAAACUCAAAUCCCUUAAUAACUGAUACAAAUCGUAGCGAAAUGAGACAAAAGUCUCAACAUAUAACAAAUGAAUUUACACAAUCUAUCAUUGAGAAUAAGGAAUUCGUACAGAAUUCAUAUUCAGAUAUAAAGAUUCAACCAUUAUCAAACCCUCUUAUCGCGCCGCCAUCCAUUUUCGCUACUUCCAUAUUCGCACCUCUUCAAGAUACUAUAUCGUUUUCUAAUGAUUUAAUUACUUUUGAACUUUACACAGCGGGUUCAAAUAAUAAUGGGUUUUCUUUUGUUGAUCCAAGCCCUGAUGAUAUAGUCAAAAAAGCUCAGAGCAAUAGAGGAACUGGUGUACCAAAAGUUAAGGACAGAAAUAUUUCAACAACUUCAGCAACUUCUGUGAAAUCCACUACUGCAAAGCAAGAAUCGUCAACAACACAGAAGAUAGAGAAAACGCCAUCGAAUACACCCGAUGAAAUUGUAUUGAAGACACUGAGACAAAGGGAUUCUGGUGAUAAACAAAAUUUUUCUUUGGCAUCAAGUCCGGCAUUUGAUAUUGGUGCUCUUAAUCUUGAUUUCGAAGAUAAAUCAACUAGCCAUCCUAAUAAGAUUGCAACAACAUUUAAACCUCUUGUAAGUCAAGAAUCAUUAUCAACACGAACGAUGUCAUCGAGUACAUCAAAAUCAUCACUAAAAACAAUACCUAAGAAUAAACGUAUUGAUGUUCUUGCAGAGUAUAAGAAACGGAGUUCUGAUAAAGAAUCGUUAAAUUUAGUAAUAAUUGGUCACGUUGAUGCUGGAAAAAGUACACUAAUGGGUCAUUUAUUGUAUUUACUUGGCGAAGUCAAUGAAAAAACCAUGAGAAAGUAUGAAAGAGACUCUUCAAAAAUUGGAAAGUCUUCUUUUGCAUACGCAUGGGUUCUUGAUGAAACAGGUGAAGAACGAUCAAGAGGUAUUACUAUGGAUAUUGCAAUCACCAAAUUUGAAACCGAGAAUAGACGAUUUACAUUGUUAGAUGCUCCGGGACAUCGGGAUUUUAUUCCAAACAUGAUUUCGGGUGCAGCUCAAGCAGAUGUUGCUAUUCUUGUGGUUGAUGCCACUACCGGUGAAUUUGAGACUGGGUUCGAUUCAAAUGGUCAAACAAAAGAACACGCUUUGCUCGUUAGAAGUUUGGGUGUUCAACAACUAAUCGUGGCUAUAAAUAAAUUAGAUGUUGUAAAUUGGUCACAAAAUCGAUAUAACGAUAUCAUGGCCAAAUUGAAUCUAUUUUUGACUCUUGCGGGAUUCAAAAAGGAUAAAGUAAUAUAUGUCCCUUGUAGUGGAUUGACUGGAGAAAACUUGUUAAAGAGAUCUGAAAACGUAUUGGAGUGGUAUUCUGGGCCGACAUUAGUUCAACAGAUAGAUAAAUUCGAACCUCCUAUACGGCUUUUAGAAAAGCCAUUCCGACUUUCUGUUUCGGAUUUUUUCAAAGGAGGAAUAGGGAGCAUGGGCGGUGUAACCGUGGCUGGAAGAAUAGAGGCGGGAAAUAUUCAGGUUGGAGAAGGUGUCACGGUAAUCCCUGGUGGUGAACAUGGAGUUGUAAAAGUUCCUGUCACAUCGCAUUUUUUGGCUCAAGUUGUUGUAUUUGAAAUCAAAGUUCCAAUCACUAGAGGAUUUCCUGUUAUACUUUAUAGACAAAGUCUCAAUGAGCCAGCUAUUAUCACAAAAUUGAUAUCUAUUUUGGAUAAAAGUACAGGAGCAGUUAUAAAGAAAAAUCCUAGAUGCCUUGUUAAAUCAUCAAUUGCUAUUGUUGAAAUUGAACUUUCUAAUAGACCAAUUCCUCUAGAAACUUAUAAGGAAAAUAAAGAAUUAGGAAGGAUAAUGUUAAGAAAAGGCGGAGAAACAGUUGCUGCUGGUAUUGUAACUAAUUCUCUACCAGUUCGCCGUCUGAUGACCGACACGAAACUUGGUAGCCUACCUUUACGAAUAAAAGUUCACCACCUGAGGGUUAAGACUGCUUUGAAGAGGUUACCGUCGUUGAUGACCGACAUAACAUCUCCUCUCCACACUUCCAAACAUCAUCCACCGUUCUUGAUGACCGGCAAUGGAUAUGUGGGUAAAGUGACUGCUUUGAAGAGGUUACCGUCAUUGAUGACCGACAUAACAUCUCCUCUCCACACUUCCAAACAUCAUCCACCGUUCUUGAUGACCGGCAAUGGAUAUGUGGGUAAAGUGACUGCUUUGAAGAGGUUACCGUCAUUGAUGACCGACAUAACAUCUCCUCUCCGCACUUCCAAACAUCAUCCACCGUCCUUGAUGACCGGCGUGGAUAUAUGGGUAAAGUAA